AUGAGGGUCUCCGGUGCGUGGAUGCUGCCCGAGUUCAACCCUCACGCACCUCGUGACUUGGGCAGGCCGGGGUCAGGCCCUGGCUUAGGUGAGGGAAUGUCUGACGGAGAUGUUGAAGCGCCAUGUCGUAACUUGGGACUUGCACCGUACGGACCGACUGAGGCUAAGGACGCCGAAACGGAGGCAGGAGACUGGGGGUUCCUGGAUGCAGAGACAGAGGCGCAAAAGGAUUCAGAGGCGACUGAUGACGAGGAGACGCAGGACGCCAUACCGGAGGUCGCGACGAAGGACGCCGAUGUCGAGUUUGGAAGAGCGGGUGUGGAUAGAGGAGACGCGGAGACAAAUGAUGACACGGCCGAUGUGGCGCCAGAGGACGCAGAGACAGAGGAUGGUAAUGAGGAGGGGGCGUGGGAAGACGCAGAGACAGAGGAUGGUAAUGAGGAGGGGGCGUGGGAAGACGCAGAGACCGUUAACAGAAAUGCGGGUGUGGCGCCAGAAGACGCAGAGACCGAAGACGGAAAUGCGGAGGUCGCUAAACGUGAGGCAGAGACCGAGAACGGAAAUGCGGAGGUCGGCAAACAAGACGCAGAGACCGAGCACGGAAUUGUGGAGGUGGCGCCAGAAGACGCAGAUACCGAGGACGGAAAUGCGGAGGUGGCGCCAGAAGACGCAGAGACAGAGGAGGGAAAGCCAUUUGUGGCGCAGGAAGACGCAGAAACAGAGGACGGGAAUGCGGAAGGACUGGCAGAAGACGCUAUGACAGAGGAGGGAAAGCCGGGGGUGGCGCUGGUAGACGGGAAAGCAAAUGGAGGGAAAGACGCGGCAUUGCGAUAUGAACCGGGGUUGACAGGCAAGGGAGGUUCUGUCUCUUCCGCCGACGCCGCCAUAGAGCGACCUAACUUUACAACACAUGUUAAGGUGGAAGCCGUUCCCACGCCAGCCUCGACUUUGAAGCUGAGCGGGGAACAUGCCAUUGGCGCAGGGCACCCAUGUGCAGGAGGGUCCCGGCCUACUACUUAUGAAGAUGCUCGGCUCUUCAUGCGUUUGUUGGAGCGGCUCUUACCAGCCGAGGAGUCCCAUGGGGUCAUGGAUUCAGAGGGCGAGGAUGAGGUGGGGGACGAGUACAGUGAGCGUGGCGAGGAGAGUGAGGAUGUUCAGGAGGCACAUGAGACGGACAGCGUGUCGAGCGCGGCUAGCUCAGAACGGUCGGAGGAACGCGACAUAGAGGUUGACAUACGUGCAGAGAUUGCGCACAUCGCUCGCAAGUACAACCUCCCGAAUGAGGCUAUUACAGACAUUAUACAGCUGUUUAAGGCGCGUAACCCGUCCGACGACGAUCUCGAAACGUGGGAGACUUAUAGGGAUCUGGAAAAAUGGGAGGAGGAGGUUUUGGAAGCGCAUGAGCACUGGGAGGAGGUCGAAAUAGUACUUGAAGGAGAUCUCGGUGUCUUGACGUUGCGUCACCGCCCGAUCGUGGAGGUAUUUGUGGCAUUAUGGGAGACGAUGUCAGGAGUGGAUGGGUUUGCCACUGAAUGGAGGGAAGAGAAGGUCGACGGGGGAGCUAUGGAUGGAGAGGCGAUCAAAGUGCAAGACGCAGCGGGCGUGGAGAUGACAGUUCAUCCGUUGCUGGCGGACUACGUGCGUUGCCGGGCUGUUCUGGUGGACACCCCGGCCUCGCUCCUGAGGGCUCCAGACCCCUCGUACUACUUCCGUACUGUGGCACAGUACGCGGCAUGGGAACACCGGGCAAUGAUGCAGAUUGUUCCCCUCAUCACGCACCUCCCCGGGUACGAGGACAUUGGAGAGGCGACCGUUAUGUUCAGUGAAUGGUACAAGGCUUACUUCCGUGUGGAGUACCACACUGAUCAGUCUCUUGCGGCCAUGGUCACCAUGACAGAGAGGCUCAUCGCUAAGCUCGUUGCCGUGUUCCCGAAUCAGAGGUCAGGGUUCCUCAUCGUGAAGGCGGUGGAGCACAACAUCCGUGUCCUCACCAAACGAAGCCGUCGCAUGGAGGUCGACGUCGACAUGGAUCCUGUGUGGUCGGAGUUCCGUGAUGCACUCGGGCCCGAUGUCAUGGCAAGAGCGGUGGAGGUGAUGAGAGCAGUGGGCAUUGAUGCAGAUACGGUGCAGGUUCACACUGCGCUGGCCAUCCCCCCGCACGACCGGAUGGAACGAGGAGUUUUGGGUCAUGUUAUAAAGGCGUCGCCGGCAGAGCAAAAGUUCAGCCAUGUGCAGAUAGAAGGGCAGGGUGGGGUGUGGUAUGGGAGAUGCCUCAUGCUCUUUCACUUCACUGAUGCUAGUCAGCAAGUCGUCCGACGUGCACUAGUCAAGUACUACACGGAGCUGGACAGCAUUCUUGCGAGUAACGCCGGAGCGUCGCUGGGAGCACCUGCCUCCGCCGGCAAGCCAGUGGUGAGCGCGAGCGCGAUCGAGGUGGUGAGCACGGCGCGCUUUCCCGCCCCCGCCGCCGCCGUGGCGGUGGGCGCCGCCGCCGCGAGCGGCACGGCGGUGGCGAGCGCGGGCGCGAGCGCGAGCGAGGUGGUAACCGCCGCGAGCGAGGUGGUGAAAGCGUCGCUCGUCGUGGAGACACUCAUGAUCCUCGGGUCGCUCGCAAAGCCCAGCCUUGUCGACUUCCACUCAGGCCUCUGCGGCGCGCCGAGCGUCUGGGGGACGAAUGUGCAGGCGCUAUUGCUUUGGGACGUGACUGGAGGCCUCGCUACGGGUUAUCAUGUUCCGUGCGUCGCGCUGCAGGCUUUCGCGUCGGCGGAUUGCUCUGGCGUAACGGCUGGGAGACUCACUGCCCCACCCCCAGCCGUUGGAAACGUGCAAACCAUCAAGCUGACCACACCUCUCAAGUCCUUCCGCUGCGUUAUCACCAACAUCUGCCAGCGAGCCAAGUGCCCGCCACACUCCAAGUGCAUCAAGACAAACGAUAAUUACGGG